UUUUUUUUCCAUCUAUAUAACCCCUUCUCACCUUCUCUAUCUUCCUUAACUUCUAAUCCUAUUUCUCUCUCUUCUCCUCUCUCUCUCUCUCUAUCAAAAACAAAAUAAGAAUAACAUCGAUCUUGAAAGAAAUCAAUCAAGUUAUGGACGUUAACAUUAAUACUGGUAAGUCCACGAGUUCUCUAAGCAGUGAAGAUGAAUUAGACCUCCGAAGAGGUCCAUGGACCGUCGAGGAAGAUCUUGCUCUCAUCAAUUACAUUGCUACUCACGGCGAAGGCCGUUGGAACUCCCUCGCUCGUUGUGCAGGCCUUAAGCGAACCGGAAAGAGUUGUAGAUUGAGAUGGCUAAACUAUUUACGUCCAGAUGUUCGACGAGGAAACAUCACUCUUGAAGAACAACUAUUGAUCUUGGAACUCCAUUCUCGUUGGGGCAACCGGUGGUCGAAAAUAGCUCAAUAUUUACCGGGAAGAACAGACAAUGAGAUUAAGAAUUAUUGGAGAACUCGUGUACAAAAGCAUGCUAAGCAACUUAAAUGUGACGUGAACAGCAAGCAAUUUAAGGACACCAUGCGUUAUCUUUGGAUGCCUAGGCUAGUUGAGAGAAUCCAAGCAGCCGCCACAACAACCGAGCCCCACACCACCGCCACCGCUACUACAUCCGGGGGAUCAAGCACCACCACGGUCAACGGCGGGCCAACCAUGGGCUUCACCGAUAACUUUAUCCAUGCACCCGUUAAUUCUAAUUUUACCCCCGAAAACUCGGGUAAUUCUUCCGAGUCCUUUGGCACGACCCAUGUUUCAGAUUUCGGGGAUUAUUACGGGAUCCCGGUUAAUAAUCAAAGUGUUAGUCAGGAAUAUUACCAAGGUAAUCAAGUGAAUUAUGGAGGUGAUAACUCAUUAACAAGUCCUAAUUGUAAUUAUCUAAAUAACCAAGGGAUGGAUUUCCAAGGUGUUGAUAAUUACAUGGAGCAAAAUAGCCAUCAAAAUUGGUCGUUUGGUCUUGAGGAUACAACGGACAAUUUGUGGAAUGUUGAGGACAUUUAUGUCUUACAACAACAAUUUAACAAUAUGUGAGUGAAAUAUUAAUUUGCUCCUUAUUUAGGAGCCAAAUAUAUAGAGUCUCCCAAUUGGAACUCCUGAUAUUUGUGUCAUAACUAUACACAACAUGUAAUCUUUUUUUUCUUUUUUUUGUUUUGAUAGUUACAAUACAUGUAAUCUUAAUUAGGAUCAUACAUAUGGGAUUUAUGGAAAAAAAAGACCAUGAGGGGGUAAUCUUUCAACUGUAUUUUGUGGAUCGUGAUAAUUUGUAAUUUUUUUCCAGCAUUUUUAGGUUGGGGGUAAAUUUGUAACUGGGAUUUAAAACUUUGAUCUUAAUUCUUUAUAAUGA